AUGUCUACAAGUAAGCUGUUCGAGCCAAUAAAGGCUGGUUCCAUCACAUUGGGUCAUCGGGUGGUGAUGGCCCCGUUAACCCGAUACCGUUGUGACGACGCGGGGGCUCCAACGCCAAUGAUGAAAGAAUAUUACAAGCAAAGGGCAUCAAUCCCCGGCACCCUAAUCAUCUCUGAAGGGACACUCAUCUCACCCUCAUCCGGCGACCCGGUUGCGCACAAAAACGCACCAGGGAUCUUCAACUCCGCCCAUGUCGCCGCGUGGCGCAAAGUUACCGACGCAGUCCACGAAAAUGGCAGUUUUAUUUACUGCCAACUCUGGCACUUCGGCGGUCGCAUCGGGUUUCCCGAAUUCGGGAAAAUAACCGAGACUUCGGAGUACCUCAAGUUCGUAGCAGCAGAUAGAAUGAGCGAGGGCGAUAUACAGAAGACGAUCGGUGAUUUCGCGACGGCGGCUAAGAAUGCCAUAGCGGCUGGGUUUGACGGUGUCCAAGUCCACAUCGCUAACGGAUACCUCCUCGAUCAAUUCCUACAUACAACUUACAACCAUCGCACCGACGAAUACGGUGGUAACAUCGAAAAACGCGUCCGCUUCCCCCUUGAGGUAAUUAAAGUCGUAGUUGAUGCCGUCGGUGCUGAUCGAACUUGCGUGCGUCUAUCGCCAUUUUUUAGCGACUCCCUCAUACAAACCGGAGUCAUGACACACGAUCCAUACCCACAGCUCGAAUACUUAAUUCGCCAACUCAAACCCUUGAAACUCGCAUUUCUAGAGCUUAUCGAAGUACGAAUGUACCUCGACGACGCCGACUUCACCAGUAAAACAUAUAGCAAUCGCUUCCUCAUUGAGCUCUGGGAUAAUCAAAGCCCAGUGAUCCUAACUGGUGGUUUUGGUUCCCAUGGAUCACCACAAAAGGCAGUGGAUGAGACAUGGAAAGAAUACGACGUCUGCGUCGCAAUUGGACGGUACUUUAUUUCGAAUCCGGAUCUCGUCUUUCGGUUAAAGGAGGGAAUUGAAUUUGCACCAUACGAUCGCUCGACAUUUUACACGCGAGGGCAAACUAAAGGGUACAUUGACUAUCCAUUCAGUAAGAAAUUCCUGAAUUGUACUGGAGAUGAGUAGCUGUAUGUACAUGGCCAGGCUUGACAAUGAAAUGGUAGCCUAGUUUCGGUUGAGGACAUCCGUCUAGCACCUAAUAUGUAG